AUGCUAUAGAAAUCUAAUAGCUUUGGAUAAGAGUGAAUUCCCGAGGAAAAGUUUCGGAUUUUGGUCGCAGUGCUACAAGCAACGCAUACAUGCACAAGCAUAGCAUACUGCUUAUGCUACUGUUGGUGCUUUUUUGUUAUGUAAAACCACCCCUCGCGCGCAUACGGUCGGGCUUUCCAUAACCUCAUUUCUCAGCGUGUAGUUUCUUCCUUGACAUCUAGUAGUGUAGUGCCUAUACUCGAGGUGCGCUGGUUAUUGCUUGCUCUCGCACUCCCAAAAAUGUUAUCCCACCAUAUCCAUCGCAUCACGGCCACGGGAGACAUACGCUUUCGCCGUGGUGGAUCUCUCAUCAGCAGGACAUGUCGAACCCCUUUCCCGCAUGGCCUACCGCGUGGACACACUCAAAGAAUGUAGUCCAUUCCAAUAUUGACAUUGGCAGGACGUUUAUGAUUAUUAUUGAAGUUUGGAAACUCUACUGUUUCGUACCAUCAUCAAUGGCAGCGAGCGUACUGGCGAGGCGAUAUCCAACGCGACGACGACCGAACAACAUCGUAUCGUGCACAGUGCGUUCAGAACGUGAUGAGAGAAAAAUGGUCUUUUGAGGAUACGAUGAGUGCUGUAGUAGUGAUGGAUUUUGGGAUUACAAUAAUCGACUAGUCGAGCGCUCGUAAGUGAAUGAUGGCGAUAUCUUUGUGUUAUAGUGUGCUUUAAAAUUGGUACUAUCCAAGACGCUACAUUACAGCAUCUAGCGAAGAAAAGUGCUCCAGGUGCAGUGAAAUUCUAAUAAAAUCGGCCAUAAAAGCAGAUGGAAUAUUAAAUCAUUGUUAUAUCAGACGAACAUGGUUGCAUAGUGUGGUACUACAAAAGUGAAGAAAUAAAAAUAAUGAAGAUAAAUCCAGAAAUAAAGUUCAUCGGAUCGAUUGAUGGUAAUACGUUCAUUGAUCCCAAUCUGAAAUGUUCGUGCCCUGUGAAUACUUUAAUUGACCAUAAUCAUAGCAUUUCAGUCCAGUUCGAAGCUGUCGCGUGAACUCAAUUCGAUACAAUAAAAUCAUUAUCGAGAAAGAAAAAAAAGUGUAUAAUAGUGGGACUGUGUGCUGUGGUGACGCCAAUCAUUUACGCUAGAAGAUGGCAUAGGAAACGCAAUGAAUGUUUUGGCAGCCGGACCAGUUUCGCACACGGUGAUGGGGGUGUACCCCCUGACGGGAGAUGCAACCACCCCAACGUUACAUACCGUCAGUUUCUGAUUUAUACGGUACAGACGAAAUAGAAUUCCUCCUGGACGAAAUACGGGAUCUCGAACCGGCCUGCUGUCAGCUAGAGGACAUUCAAGAUUUCGAGAUAGCUGGCAGCAGAGCAGGUGAGCUUUCUAUCUCGCUCGAAUCACCGUUGGGCACCUGCACAUCCUGGGACUCGCAUGUUCAUUAUCGUCAAAGGAUAGGGAAUACACCGCUACCGUGGGGCGUUGCGCUGCACUGCGACGCCUCACAUAUUACCAGCCCUACGGGCAUCGUGAGGAUAUUGCUGGUGAUAUCAUCGGCAGCCUGUCUUGCUUGUGAAUGUUCGGCCGGUACCGUACAAGUGGGACUAUUUUUACUGCCACUGAUCGGGCGGUUGAGGUUAAUGGUGUUUUGCGCCCUGUUCUCGCUGUUAGUAACGUGUUUAAUGCUAUUUUUGGAUAUAUCACAUAUAGCGUUAAUGUUUCCCUUCAACUGGGGAAAAUUGAAUGCAUGGUUGUACCUGACAAUCGGUUUAUUAUUUCUCGUUGGUUCAUCAUUGCUAAUACACAUGGUGUUUUUUGCUGAGGAAUUUAUGUGGGUGCCAAAGCACACAAAGGACACAUUGUUCAUAUCAGCGAUAAUUGGUUACGUUUGCUCCAUCGAAGCCGUGAUCCUGGCGGCCCUAACGAAAUGCCCCUCCCAGUACCGGCACGUGAUCGACGACUACAGUGACAUGUGCUUGGAGGAGCGCGAACUGAGUCCCAUCUGUAGUAACGAGUUAACGAAUAUCGCAAACAACACUACCGCUACUACUGAUAACAACAACAUUAACGCGACCGAGCUAUCGAAUCAUCGGAACUAUAAUAACAACAAAACAACUGAAACGGGUGAUAGCGUAACACCAACGUGUAAUCAGAAACCUUAUAUACCAGUGAAACGUCCCGACCAAUCGUAUAAUCAGCGUCCUACCUUAGGUAAUAUGCAGAAAUCGAAUCACCGCAACCGUCAGGGUUACCACUACCAACCAAUUGCCUCAACCUCUCGGCAAAGUCCCACGUUCGUCCUGGACGAUGACGACGACGGCGCUGCCGCCAUUCCGGGACCGUCGCACCGAUCGCUUGACUACUCCAGCGCGUGAUAAUUAGAGGUACUGUUCUUUUUUUGUCCUAUACACCGCCCGUCAAAUCCCAUAGUCGCGGGCUCGCCAUCACGAGAGGCAGCCCCGAAGCACAGACGAAGGCAGAAAACCAAAACAGUUCUAGGCGUAGAGCGGGUUCAAGAGGGUCUACCAUCACUACUAAUUCUCCCAUCACUACCGAGGUGCAAACGAUACCAAGAAACGUUCAUAGGAUUACAUAGCGUGUACGUGACCAUAUUUAUUGGACCUUUUCUCUUCUCUACCGAACGGGGACUCCAUUAUAAUCGUCAGUACCUUUCGGGAAGGUUAUACCGGUAAACUCAACAGAUCAGAAAACAAGUAACAUCAAUG